AUGAGCUCCCGUCUCUUGAGCUUGAGCUUAUCUGCCUCUAGGGCCGCCGCUGUGGCCAGACAAUCCACGCCGGCAACUGCCCGAACGCUCGCUACCGUGUCGUCGGUGCAGGAUGUGGCUCCCCGCAACCACAAGGUCGUCAUCGUGGGCGCCGGCUCUGCGGGUCUCAGCAUCUCCCACCAGCUGCUGCGGACGGGCAAGUUCCGCCAGGACGACAUUGCCAUUGUCGACCCGGCCCAGUGGCACCACUACCAGCCCGGCUGGACGCUGGUCGGAGGCGGCCUGAAGCACAAGGACGAGCUCAAGCGUCCGCUGCCCGAGCUGACCGACCCCAAGCUGAAGCUGUACAAUAACGCGGUGGAGACUUUUGCGCCCCACGACAACACCGUCACUCUGGCCGACGGGGCCCGGCUGACCUAUGACCAGCUGGUCGUCGUGCCUGGCAUCAAGGUCGAUCUGGCCGCCAUCAAGGGCCUUCAGGAGGCCGCGACCAAUCCCGACAGCAAUGUCUCGUGCAUCUACACCUACGAGACCGUCGACAAGGUCUUCCCGACCAUCAAGCGCUUCAAGCAGGGCCGCGCCAUCUUCACCCAGCCCACCGGCGUUGUCAAGUGCGCCGGCGCCCCUCAAAAGAUCAUGUGGCUGGCCCUGGACCACUGGAAGCGCGAGGGUCGCUACAAGCCGAGUGCCUCCGACUCACCCAUUACCAUCACCUUCGCGACCGGUCUCCCGCAAAUGUUUGGCGUGGCCAAGUACAGCAAGGCGCUGGAGGAGCUGCGCAAGGAGCGCGGCGUCGAGGGUCUCUUUGCCCACGACCUGACCGAGAUUGACGGUAACACGGCCGUGUUCAAGAGCGCCUCGGGCGACGUCGUUCGCCGUACCUUCGACCUGAUGCACGUCGUGCCCAAGAUGGGCGCCCACGCCUUCGUCAAGAACUCGCCUCUGGCCAACGAGGCCGGCUUUGUCGACGUUGAUGACCACACCUUGCGCCACAAGAAGUACGCCAACGUCUGGUCCGCCGGUGACGCCUCCUCGCUUCCUACUAGCAAGACUGCUGCGGCUAUCACCUCCCAGGCCCCGAUCCUCGUCAAGAACCUUGUGGCUGCCCUCGACGGCCGCGAGCCGCCGGCGCGCUAUGAUGGUUACACUUCCUGCCCGCUGCUGACGGAGUACGGCAAGGUCAUGCUGGCCGAGUUCAAGUACGGCGGCGAGCCCAAGGAGACCUUUGGUCAGUACGGUUUCGACCAGGCGACGCCGCGUCGGGCCUUCUACCACCUCAAGAAGGACUUCUUCCCCUGGGUGUACUACAAGGCCAUGGUCAAGGGCAUGUGGGGUGGUCCGAAGGGGUUCCUUAUCAAUACCAACUAA